UCUUGUACAUUGAGGUUAACUUGAAUGUCCCGUAGAGGGAAACCAUGUCUGUUUAUGAUUCGAUAGAGUUGUCUGCAUGACUCUGCAAUGAACUGGGAAUUUUGGAAUUUUACUCUGUGCCUUUAAGGGUGCCUCUCAUGCAGCGUUUAUACGUCUUCCCUCGCUCCUCGAUGCCUCGAUCCUCACUGAUCUACAUAAAGAAUGAUGGGGGGGAAACAAUGGGAUAGUCUAUCCAGUGUUAGUUAUAGAUCAGUGGGAACGCCCCUCGAGGAUCGAGGAUCGAGGAGGCAUGUUGGAAGGCACCCAUAGACACACAAAACCAGGAAGAAUCCUUAACACACUCCCACUUCUGGUGAAACAAAACCUUUCUAAUUUUCCUUGGAGCGGCAUAUGUGUGUCUAUGAGAAGGGAAAAUGGAGUUCAACUGUUCUAUAUGUCUGGAUCUACUGAACGACCCGGUGACUGUUCCCUGUGGACACAGUUUCUGUUUGAGCUGCAUUUCAGGCUGCUGGGAUCAAGAGGACCAGAAGGGUGUUUACAGCUGCCCCCAGUGCAGAGAGACCUUCACUCCGAGACCUGCUCUGGGUAGAAACACAAUGAUGGCUGACAUGCUAGAGAAGCUGAAGAAGACUGAACUCCGAUCUGAUGUCGCAGUUUCUUCUGAUGCCGAACCAGGUGAUGUGGAGUGUGAUUUCUGCACUGAGAGAAAACAUAAAGCCAUCAAGUCGUGUCUUACAUGCAUGGUCUCCUAUUGUGAAGUUCAUAUUCAGCCUCACUUUGAAGUGCCUCGCCUUAGCAAGCACAAGCUGGUGAAUGCCACCUCACAACUACAGGAGAGGAUCUGCUCUCAGCAUGACAAGAUAAUUGAGUUAUUUUGUCGCAAGGACCAGCAAUUAAUCUGUAUGUUGUGUUCAAUGGACGACCACAACGGACAUAAGACUGUCUCAGCUGCUGCAGAACGGACUGAGAAGCAGAAAAAGCUGCUAGAGAUGAAGGAGAUGAACCCCACGCAGAUCCAGCAGAGGGAGAAGGAGGUGGAGGGGGUGAAACAGGCUCUGAAGGCUCUGCAGGCCUCUGCACAGGAAGCUGUUGAGAACGCUGAGAGGAUGUUCACUGAGCUGAUCAGCUUCAUGGAGCAAAAGCGCUCUGAGGUGACCGAGUCGAUCAGAGCUCAGGAGAGGGCAGAGGUGAGUCGAGCUGAAGGACUCCUGGAGCAGCUGGAGCUGGAGAUCAAUAAACUGAAGAGCAGAGAUGCUGACAUGGAGAAACUUCAGCCAAUAGAAGACCCCGUUGAUUUCAUUCAGAGUUUCCAAUCCCACUUCACUUCCUCAUCUGAGACCCUUGCCAAGGUCACUUUUACGCCACAGUUUUCCUUCCAUGAACUGAUGAAAUCAGUGGCUCCAUCUCUGAGGGAGAAAACAAAAGAGUUCCACCAGGCAGUACUUAAAGUCACAGGCUUCAUGGUUGGGGACACGGUCAAACUGAAGACUCCUGAGACCAUAUCCAUGACUUGCACAUACAUUGGAGUUGGAGGUGGAAUUGGAAGACGCUAUGGCUCAACAGCUUUCAACCAAGGAAUUAAUUGUGGUUAUGACCACAAUUAUAAUAUAACUGUCGAUGGGGUGGGCGUGGUAACAGCUUUGACAGGACCCGAUAACGUGACCGUUGACUUUCCUGAGCGCCGUGGAUGGACAGGAAAUGGGAAUUCAUCUAAGCUGGAACUGGUACUUUUGAUCAAUUAAGAUUCAUAAUGACUUAACCACACUAUCCCUCCGUGUAACUACUUUGCUGAUAUGUAAACAUGCCUUUGGUUACAAAACAUCUUCUUUUAUUGUAUGUAAUGUUAUGAACAGUAGCACAGUUCACAUCUACAAUCUGUUUUUGAUUUUUUGCCCUCACUCCUCUAUUCACAUUUUGUAACCAUAUUAAUUCUAUGUCACAGUACAUGUCCCUUUUGCAGUUUGAGGGCUUUUUUUAAAAAUCCGAUACCACAUGGCGCUGUCCACCUUCAGUGAUCACAGAAUUCAUA